AAUGUUUCCCGACAUCGAACAAGAAAAUGGCCCCAUAGUAGCAGCAGCAAGGUUGAUGGGGGUACUUGUCAAGAUUGCUCUUUGUUGAGAGGUGUGGGAGUGCGUCCCUUUUUUUUUUUAUCGGCCUCUCCGUAACCCCAUCCGGACGAAGAUGUCCAGUGCGACCGCGAGGCCGACCAGAACAACCGUGCGGAAAACCCGUAAGAAGAGUAUCAAACGCGGAGUCAUCACAUCGAGGGCCUUUGGCGAAGAUGAGGCGAACGGUGGCCCUGGUUCUCAAGAGUGCUUGGUGGAGCAGACGCUGGUGAACAUGGCGUCGGUGCUAGGGGGUGGGGUAGGGAGCGUUGGGGGCGGAGGGGGCCUGGCCCCGCACCAGCCCCCGUAUGACUUGAGGCGCAAGUUCCCCCACGACGGGGGCGGAUCGGGGGGCCCGCCGUGCCACCUUCCCCGCAAGCGACAACGACGCACCCCAUCCUCCUCCCAGGGGGCAUCCUCGUCCUCCUCUUCUGAAGAGGGGGGCGGCGGAGCCCACUACCUGCUGUACGAGGUGCCGGACGAGGUGCUGCUCACCAUCUUCUCCUACCUGCUGGAGCAGGACCUGUGCCGGGCCGCCCAGGUCUGCCGGCGCUUCCACACCAUCUCCAGUGACACCGAGCUCUGGAAGAGCCUGUACCAGAGCGUGUACGAGUACGACCUGCCGCUGUUCCACCCGGCACCCUGCAAGUUUGAGUUUGUUGCCCCCGAAGAGGCGGACUGCUCCAACCCCUGGAAGGAGAGCUUCCGCCAGCUGUACCGGGGCAUCCACGUGCGGCCGCACUUUCAGGCCCAGUACGACGGCCACCCCCAGCGCUACCGGGGCCGUUCCCUGAGCUACUUCGACACGAUCGAGACGGCCUUCAACUACUGCGAAGAGCUGGAGCAGCCGGUGAUCUUCGUGCACACGGGAACCUACAAGGGGGAAUUCCUCAUCGUGGACGCCGGUGUGGCGCUCAUCGGCGCAGCGCCGGGCAACGUGGCAGAACACGUGGUGCUCGAGAGGGACACGGACUCGACCAUCACCUUCGUGGAGGGGGCACGGGGGGCCUACCUGGGCUACAUGACCCUCAAGUUCACGCCGGACAUCACGUCGUCGGUGCCCCACCACAAGCACUACUGCCUGGAGAUCAACGAGAACUGCUCCCCGACGGUGGACCACUGCAUCAUCCGGAGCACCUCCGUGGUCGGGGCCGCAGUCUGCGUCUCGGGGGCAGGGGCCGAGCCCUGCCUGCGCAGCUGCGACAUCUCCGACUGCGAGAACGUGGGCCUGUACAUCACGGACUAUGCGCAGGGCAUCUACGAGGAGAAUGAGAUCAGCCGCAACGCCCUGGCCGGGGUGUGGGUGAAGAACCACGCAAACCCGAUCAUGCGCCGCAACCACAUCCACCACGGCCGCGACGUGGGCGUCUUCACCUUCGACAACGGCCUGGGCUACUUCGAGGCCAACGACAUCCACAACAACCGCAUCGCGGGCUUCGAGGUGAAGGCUGGCGCCAACCCCACCGUGGUCCGCUGUGAGAUCCACCACGGCCAGACGGGGGGCAUCUACGUCCACGAGAACGGCCGGGGCCAGUUCAUCGAGAACAAGAUCCACUCGAACAACUUUGCCGGCGUCUGGAUCACCUCCCACUCGAACCCGACGAUUCGGCGCAACGACAUCUACAACGGCCACCAGGGCGGGGUGUACAUCUUCGGCGAGGGGCGCGGCCUCAUCGAGCACAACAACAUCCACGGCAACGCCCUGGCGGGCAUCCAGAUCCGCACCAACAGCGACCCGAUCGUGCGCUACAACAAGAUCCACCACGGCCAGCACGGCGGGAUCUACGUGCACGAGAAGGGCCAGGGGUUGAUCGAGGAGAACGAGGUGUACGCCAACACCCUGGCCGGGGUGUGGAUCACCACGGGGAGCACGCCGGUGCUGCGGCGGAACCGCAUCCACAGCGGCAAGCAGGUCGGGGUGUACUUCUACGACAACGGACACGGGCGCCUCGAGGAGAACGACAUCUUCAACCACCUCUACUCGGGCGUCCAGAUCAGGACUGGCAGCAACCCCAUCAUCCGGCGCAACAAGAUCUGGGGAGGCCAGAACGGGGGCGUCCUGGUGUACAACGGGGGCCUCGGGGUGCUCGAGCAGAAUGAGAUCUUCGACAACGCCAUGGCGGGCGUCUGGAUCAAGACGGACAGCAACCCGACGCUGCGGCGGAACAAGAUCUACGACGGCCGGGACGGGGGCGUCUGCAUCUUCAACGGCGGCAAGGGGGUGCUGGAGGAGAACGACAUCUUCCGCAACGCCCAGGCCGGGGUGCUCAUCUCGACGCAGAGCCACCCCGUGCUGCGGCGCAACCGGAUCUUUGACGGGCUGGCCGCCGGCGUGGAGAUCACCAACAACGCCACGGCCACCCUCGAGUUCAACCAGAUCUUCAACAACCGCUUUGGGGGCCUCUGCCUGGCCAGCGGGGUGCAACCCAUCCUCAAGGGGAAUCGCAUCUUUGACAACCACAAUGCGGUAGAGAAGGCGGUGAACAGCGGACAGUGCCUGUACAAGAUCUCGAGCUACACCAGCUUUCCCAUGCACGACUUCUACAGGUGCAAGACAUGCAACACGACGGAUCGGAACGCCAUCUGCGUCAACUGCAUCAAAACUUGCCACUCGGGCCACGACGUAGAGUUCAUCCGGCACGACAGGUUCUUCUGCGACUGUGGUGCGGGCACCCUGAGCAACCAGUGCCAGCUGCAGGGGGAGCCCACCCAGGACACGGACACCCUGUACGACUCGGCGGCACCCAUGGAAUCGCACACCCUGCUGGUCAACUAGGAGGGACCCCUUGCUCAGACGCCCCCACAGCGGGGACCAAGUGCCAAAAAGACGCUCCCCCUUCCCCUCCCCCCGGUGGAGCCCACCCCUUCCCCCCACCCGGCACCCCCCUAGUCUGCCGGUGGCGGCCCGCCCCCUAUUUAUUCGGCCACCCGGCAGCUGGCUCUGCCGGACACCACCGCCGCGGACGGUGCCACGGGUGGUGCGGCUGUGCCGUCGCAGACGGUGCCGCCACGGACAAUGGACUGUGCAGCUACGGACGGUGCCACCGGACGGUGUCGCCGUGAAGUGAAAUCGGACGCUGCCACCACGAAUGAUUGUCGCGAGAUGUGGCACCACCGCAAACGCUGCCUGCACGACCGGUGCCACCGUGGUCGACACCGCCACAGUCGACGUCGCGCCGACGGCAGUACGGCCGGUGUGCCAAUUCGGCCGAUGCCAGUACGGCUGGUGCAACUUCGGCUCCUGCCAGUACAGCCGGUGCCACCACGGCCGGUGCCUCCACGAAUGUGGUGCCGUGCGCGGGACUCCGUGCGAAGCACGACGGCGGGGAGUGUGGCUUCUAUGCAGUGCGCUUUUUCUGGCCCGAACAGUAGGAGCCGUGGCCCCCCCACCUCGGGGAGAUAACUCCCCUUUUUGUAUCCAUGUUAUAAAUAUGCUGUACCUAGCGCGCAUGUGAAUCUCGUGCAACCGUCGUGUGUACCCACGCGCCCGGCCGCCACAAUAAAAACUCCUCCGGGUGCCACAACGG